AGCCCCACAAGCUACAAAAACGGAAGUAGUGAAACGAUGUAAACAUUGGUCAAUAAUAAAGUGUCAAUACUUCUCUCUCUCUCCUCUGGAACUCUUGACUUUUGAGACUUUCACUUUCAGAAGCAAUGACCCCUACUAGGCUACCGUGUUUUUUGACCUACUCGCUGUCCUGAUAUUGAAUCUAAUGCAUACGUCGCCUUCUAAUUUGCAGAUGAAUAAUCCUGAUUAUUUUUUUUAUCUUUCAGGUUUUUAAUGACUGGGAGUGUGAAUACUUACACAAAAGUUUUCAGAGGACAGACUGUGGAAUGUGUCAAAUUUUUGUCGGGCCCUGUUGCUAGAAGCAACACUUGAACAACGUUGUCUUGGGGAUUUGACUAAGUGACUUAUUCAGCUCUUUUCCAUUACUGUUACCAACCAGGACACUGAGCUACUUCCAUUGGGGGCGUUGAGUGGUCAAAGGCUCUGCAAGGUUUCCCUUUUCCUCCUCCAUUGGUUGCUUUCUUUUGUCGCGGUCUGAGAUGUAGACCAGACAACUAAAUCCGUCAUUUAUGAGUUUUAGCUAUCCGGUAGAAUUUGUAGAAGAGUUGUUAGAUUUUGAAGAUUAUUAUUCUUGCUGGAGUUUCUCUGAAAGUUCUGACUCGAUGGCAGAGAGUGGAGACUGUUGGGCUCAAUCUGCGGAGCCAGAAGUCGGCACCAAAGCUCCAACUUUGAGCUUCAGUCCUAGGAUUCCGGAUCUUUUUCCCAGUCGGCAUUUGACUGACUUGAGCCGAUGGCCACUGUUCAGCGUCCUUGAUUUGGACUUGAUCUCCACCAUUAAAAAAAUCUGCGUGUUUGGGAGUGCGGGCAACGAAGCUGUCUUCAUCACCGAAAAUGACGAUGUCUUUGCUUUUGGCUCUAACUGCAGUAGCUGCCUUGGUUUAGGAGACACGCACAGUAGCUUUGAGCCUCGAAAGAUUGACAUUCUCUGUCGGAAGAAAGUUGUGGACAUCGCGUUCGGAAGCGGACCUCAUGUUGUUGCUGUGACCAGAGCUGGCGAAGUGUUCAGCUGGGGUUUGAAUGGCUACUGUCAGCUGGGCAAUGGAGGUUCGAACCAGGGCUUUGUGCCUGCUGCUGUGACUACCAACUUGGCCAACAGACAGGUGGUGAAAGUGGCGUGUGGGAGCCAUCACUCCAUGGUGCUUACGGUGGACGGUGAGGUCUAUGCCUGGGGUCAGAACAACUGUGGACAAGUGGGCACGGGGUCUACAGCCAACCAGCCCUCGCCACGCAAGGUCACCUCCGUUAUUGGUGCUCUGUGCGCUGUUUCCAUCGCCUGUGGUCAGACAUCCUCUGUAGCCCUCUUGGACAACGGCGAGGUAUACGGUUGGGGCUACAACGGCAACGGUCAGCUGGGUGUCGGGAACAAUGUGAACCAGCCCAACCCUUGUAGGGUUCACAUGCUGCAGGCCGCUGUCAUCACACAGAUCACAUGUGGCUAUGCCCACACCCUGGCCUUGUCCGAUGAGGGGACCCUGUUCUCAUGGGGAGCCAACUCCUAUGGACAGCUGGGCACGGGCAACAAGGCAAACAUGGUCUCCCCUGCCAAGGUCCUGUCCCUGGGAGAGAA